AUGAAGGAGUUGGUUAUGUUUCGAAAGUUUGCUGAAGUUGAAAAUACUCCUGCUGCUAGUUCCAUUAAUGUUGAGGUUGCCGAGGAACACGUGGGACCAGUCAAUGAGGCUGUGAUUUCUCCAAAUGAGACAGAGAAAGAAAUUAACAUUUUUAAGCAACCAAACGAUCCAACGCCUGAACAGAUGGGAGACCUUAUUGAAAAAUUACAGUCAACUGCGAGGAAGCCUCCCCAAACCGUUCAUGUUAUAACUGAACCUCCAUCUGAGAGUGAUCAAGAAGAUUCAGCUCACGUCCUUCUCCCGAGGAAAAGAAAAAGAAGAGAUCCAAGACCUAAAGUUCUUAUCACAGACACUGUACAAAAUGUAUCUACUCCGGUUGAGCCUAGUCCUAUGGCCCAAAAUAUUGAAAGCACCUUCAUUGAGUCCUCUCCAGUGAUGCAAGAGAUUUCAACCCCGGGCUUAAGCUCCUUUGAAGCCCUCGAGCUGGAUAUUUUAAAAGGCAAAAGCAAGCUGCCUAAGUCUGAAUUUGUGGAUGUCGCUCGGCUUCAGAACAGUGUUUUUGAUUUGGAACAGAGCUCAGCUGAAAAGGAUUUGACUAUUGGAGAGCAAGACAUUAGAAUCAAUACUCUUGAAAAGGAGAACUCCGUUAAAGAUGCAAAGAUUUCAGAACUUCAAGCAAAUAUUGGUGGUCUAACUUCUUUAUUCUUUGACCUAAAACAACGCUUACAUCAAAUGUUUGGUGAUGAUUUUCAACCUUUAAGCGCUGAAGGAGAAAAGAUUUAUGCUUCUAGUUCUGGUCCAGUCAAUCCAACUCCUCAACCUGCAAGUGAAAGAGUAAUAAGACCUGCUCCAGAUGAAAAUCUUGACACAUUUUUAUCUUCUGGUCCGGCGUCUACUUAA